CAGCUGAACACAGAGAAACACCUUAACUAGAUCAGCUCGAUCAGCUUCCAGCUUCCUCUCCUAGCUAGCUCGCUCGCUCUUAUCGCCGGUGAACUGUCCCCCGGCCCCGGUACUAAGCUGCGCAGGGCAUGGCAAUGGCGGACUGCAUGCAGGAGUGGCCGGAGCCCGUGGUGCGCGUGCAGGCGGUGGCCGAGAGCGGUCUGGCCGCCAUCCCCGACUGCUACGUCAAGCCGCCGCGCGACCGCCCAGCGGCGCAGCACCUGGCUACCGCCGCUUCUGCAGAUGGCGACGUCCUCCAUGAGCCUCUGGACACCAGCAUUCCGGUGAUCGACCUUGGCGAGCUCGUCGCGGCGACAGCCGACGAGGGCCGCAUGCGCCAGAUCAUGGAGGCCGUGGCGGCGGCGUGCCGGGAGUGGGGGUUCUUCCAGGUGGUGAACCACGGGGUGGCGCCGGAGCUGAUGCACGCGGCGCGGGAGGCGUGGCGCGGAUUCUUCCGGCUGCCGAUCACGGCGAAGCAGCAGUACGCCAACCUGCCGCGGACGUACGAGGGGUACGGCAGCCGAGUCGGCGUCCAGAAGGGCGGCCCCCUCGACUGGGGCGACUACUAUUUCCUCCACCUCGCGCCGGACGCCGGCAAGAGCCCGGACAAGUACUGGCCCACCAAUCCCGCCAUCUGCAAGGAUGUGUCGGAGGAGUACGGUCGUGAGGUGAUCCGGUUGUGCGAGCUGCUGAUGAAGGUGAUGUCGGCGAGCCUGGGCCUAGAGGCGACGAGGUUCCAGGAGGCGUUCGGCGGAUCAGAGUGCGGCGUGUGCCUUCGCGCCAACUACUACCCGCGGUGCCCGCAGCCGGAUCUGACGCUGGGCCUGUCGGCGCACUCUGACCCGGGCGUCCUCACCGUGCUCCUCGCUGACGAGCACGUCCGCGGCCUCCAGGUCCGCCGCGCCGAUGGCGAGUGGGUCACCGUGCAGCCCGCACGGCACGACGCCUUCAUCGUCAACGUCGGCGACCAGAUCCAGAUACUGAGCAACUCCAUGUACAAGAGCGUGGAGCACCGGGUGAUGGUGAACGCCAAGGAGGAGCGCAUCUCCCUGGCGCUCUUCUACAACCCGCGAGGCGACGUCCCGAUCGCGCCGGCGCCGGAGACGGUGACGCCGGAGCGGCCGGCGCUCUACCCGUCCAUGACCUUCGACGAGUACAGGGCCUACAUCAGGAAGUACGGCCCCAGGGGCAAGGCGCAGGUCGAGGGUGCCAAGCAGGGACAAGGUAGCUAGUUAGCUGGAUCCUUGGAGCUAGUAUCUGAUCCAUGGGAAUAAUUAAGCCGUCCAGGUUGUACCGGCCAAUCUAUGGAUUCCUGCAUGCAUGUACGUGUGGCUAAUGUAGCACAAGCUCGCCCUUGUACCCGAACUGCAUAUAUGCUAAUUGUAUUGGCAUC